UUUUUCUUUACCCCUACCCCUUAUAUAUGAAUCAAAGGUUAAGAUCAAUUCACGCAACAACACUCUUCCCUAAAACCCUUUUCUCAAAAUCUUGCUAGGGUUUAAGACCGAAGAGAAAACAAGUGAAGUAGCGAGUGUUCAACCAAGAACAAAUCCAAAGGUAAAGAAAUGGCUUUAUUUGGUAGAGUUGGGAAUUUAUUAAGGACUGCAGCAAAUACAAAGAUCACUUCAGAGUUGAAAUUACGAUCUUUCCCGUCUGUUUUCCAAGCCAUACGGUGCUUUACCGGUCCUCCGAGUACUCCGUCUACAAAGCUGUUUGUGGGAGGUAUUUCCUAUUCUACUGAUGAACAAAGUUUGAGGGACGUUUUUGCAAAAUAUGGCGAAGUUGCUGACGUGAGGAUUAUUAUGGAUCGCGAAACUGGUAACUCCAAAGGAUUUGGCUUCGUUACUUACAAUUCAGUCGAGGAGGCAUCAAGUGCCAUUCAAGCCUUGGAUGGACAGGAAUUGCAUGGUCGCCGAGUUGGUGUCAAUUUUGCCAAUGAAAGACCCCGUGGAUAUGGUGGUGGUGGAUCUUACGGAAACACUCCCUACGGAGGUGGAGGUGAUGGUGGAUAUCGAGGUGGUUACAGUAACUCUACAUACAGUGCUCCUUCAAGCGAUGGUGGGUAUGGUGGUUAUGGAAGCACUUAUAAUGAUGGUGGGUAUGGUGGCAACAAUGUGAAUUAUAGUGCUCCUGUGGGAACUGGUGAAAGCAAUACUGUUAACUAUGGUAGUCCUCCUGGUGUUGGUGGUUAUGGUGGAAACAACCCAAAUUAUGGUGCUCCUGUGGGCGGUAGUGAAAGCAAUGCUGUUAACUAUGGCAGUGCUCCAGCUGUUGGUGGUUAUGGUGGUAACAAUGGGAGUUAUGGUGCUUCUGAUCCUGUUAACUACGGUAGUGCACCUGGCGUUGGCGGUUAUGGAGUAGGUGGUGGUGAAAGCAAUUCUGUUAAUUAUGGUGGUGGUUAUGGCGGUGGUAACAAUGCAAAUUAUGGUGCUCCUGUGGGUGGUGGAGACGUCAAUUCUGUUAACUAUGGUACUGCUCCUGCUGAUGGUGGUUAUGGUGCUGCUACUGGAUUUGGCAAUAGUACUCCUGGUAGUGGUCCUAGCAAUGGUUUCGCCAGUAGUGGAGGAUUUGGAUAUGGCGGAAGUGGUCAGGAAAAUUUCAGGAGUGAUGAUCAUGAAGUUGAUGCUUUUGCUAAACGGGGUUGACAAAAUCUCGGAAAAUCUUAGGUUUUUAUAAAAAUUUGGUGGACUUGUUCCUGAUAUUAUUUUCAAGCAUGUAUAAUCAGCAAUAUAGAGCUGGAAAGAUAUAAACCUUGUUACUCUUAUGCUGCGUUCUUUACUCUUGUUAUGAAUCUGGAAUAUAAUUUUUGUUGCAUGCUUUAA